AUGGAAAUUACUUUCAAAGGAAAGCGAGCACUUGUUACAGGUGCUAGUCAAGGAAUUGGGCGGGAAAUUGUCAUACAGUUAGUAAAAUGUCAAGCUGAGGUUGUUGCUGUAGCUAGGAACAAAGAACUUCUUGAUACGUUGCAAAAAGAAGUUCCAAGCAUACGGACCAUCCCUCUAGAUCUCUCAGAUUGGAAUGCCACAAGAGAAGCUUUGAGUAACAUCGGCCCAAUCGAUUUACUGGUCAACAAUGCUGGUUUAGCUAUUUUGGGGCCAUUAACUGAGGUUAAGGAAGAUGAUGUAAACAGGCUGUUCGACAUCAACGUCAAAGCAAUGAUCAACGUAACUCAAAUCGUGGUGAAAAACCUUCUAUCGAGAAACGCUCCAGGAUCUAUCGUAAAUUUGUCAUCCCAAGCUUCCCUUGUGGGUCUUCUGGAUCACUCCGUAUAUUGCGCUACAAAAGGGGCGGUGGACGCCUUCACUAGGGCAGCCGCUCUUGAGUACGGCCCUAAAAAUAUCAGGGUGAACGCGGUCAACCCCACGGUCAUUUUGACGGAUAUGGGGCGGUUAGGCUGGUCUGAUCCCAAGGUCGCUGAUCCGAUGCUUCAGAAGAUUCCGCUCAGAAGGUUUGGUGAAGUUCAUGAGGUGGUAGAUGCAGUAGUUUACUUACUGAGCAAUAAAUCAAGCAUGAUUACAGGAACCUGCUUGCCUGUCGAUGGCGGAUAUGUGGCAACAUAA